AUUCUAUAUCACUCGUCACCUCCCGAGUCGCGGGCGAACCACUGCUCUGCGAUACUUUCUCUGCAACCCCAUAGGCCACCGCGCCCAUUGCCCGCCCGCGCGCAUCACCACGCCAUCUCGUCAGCCUCACUGCCAUCGUGCUGUGCGAACGCCGGGUCUGGCGUGUUGCUAUGAGCCUCGUGCUGCUCGCGUAUGCGCAGCUGCAGUAGCCACCACCCGCUCCACCGUCAGCCCGGACGGACAGAGGCUCUCCUCGCCGAACAUAUAGGUCGCUUGCACUGCUUCACGGACGCCCUCUCGGCGUCCCACGUCAUCUGCCAACGUGGCUGCCACCGACAUCCAUCGUUUCCACAGUCACUACAGUGGGCCCUUUGGCUACGACGCGGCCGCCUCGUUUCCUGACUUCCGCCAACUCAAGCACCGAAACUCAACUCUCCUCUCCACUCGACAACUCCCCUCGGACCCUGCACCGGCCCAUCAACCACGCUCAUGGUCCGAGGCGCGAGACCAGGCUGGAAACACAGGGAAGGAUUUCAUGUCAGAGCGGCAGCGAGAGCAGCAGCCCUCGGAUAGUUUGAUUGCCAGUGGCAACGACUCAUCGCAACGCUCACAACCCCAGCCGCCUCCGACGCCUGCUGAGCAACACUUCGCCCAACGCUCGACUGCGGGGACUCCAAGCGCAGCCUCGCCAGCCUUGCAGCGCUAUCCCUCCGGCAAUGGCAGGUCCAUCGAACUCCCUCCUCUGCCACAGGCUUUGCCUGCGCCAGCUGCGACCUACCACCCAGCCUCGCGAUCUGUAGGCGUAUCAUCUAUCCUCAAUCCCGUCGAUGCAGAUGACAGCCCGCACUCGCGAAGACGCAAGGCAUCUGAAUUGGAAUCUUCAUCGAAUGUGCUUCCGCCUUUGGGUAUCAACAACCGACCUCCCUAUUCCACCACCAGCACGCCUACGCCAACUUCGAUGAACAUUGCAAGCACGCAUGGAGCCGAACGAGCACCGCGAAGGAUCUUGACUCCGAGAUCGCCUUCGGUUCACCGUGCCGCAAGUUUGAAUCAGCUCUACACUUCCUCAGCUGCCACGCCUGGCCAUCCGUUUGCAGUUUCCCCGAGAAGCAGGACCUAUACAGUCGAGCCAGGCACUGCGGGAGCGCCCCCUUUGCCCCGUCUGCCACCAGGUGCAAGGCACUCCAGCCAUGGCUUCUCCGCUCCGACGCCCCCUCCCCCUCCCGGACAGGCAGUACGCAGAACCAGUGCUGGUGCUUCGGCUCGCGCGAGGCCACCAUCGGAAUCUGCUAGUCCCAGGUCUUCGUACUCAUCUUAUAACGAGGCAUCACCGGCUGGAAACUACGGUCAGUCCUCUAUGCCGACGUUGUCGGCUUCGUACUCUACGAAACCAGAAUUUGGAAGUCACGGCGGAGGUGCCAGCCACUCUGAACAGCAACGAUCGGUCGGCGUGCCGAUCUCAUCUUCCGGCGGCCAGAAUGUUUAUCAGAUGAUGACUUUGGAGACCACAUCAGGCACGGUUUCAUUGCCCGUGGAUGUACAAGCUGCAUCCCGUGUAGCCGAUGAGAAGAGGAGAAGAAAUGCAGGAGCAAGCGCGCGGUUUCGGCAGAGGCGCAAGGAGAAGGAGAAGGAAGCAUCUACUACUAUCUCGCGCUUGGAGCAGCAAAUGAAGGAGAUCAGCGAGGACAUGGAAUUUUACAAGCGCGAGAGGGAUUACAUGGCUGGAGUAAUCCUGCAAGUUCCUGGAGGCGACCGCCAUUUUCCACGACCGCAGUCCCCUCGACAUCGCAGAACCUCAGGAUAUUCGGGUCCCAGUGGUGCAAGCAACUAUAUGCAUUUUCAGGACCACGCGGGCGCACGUAGUCCAGACUCAGGUCGCAAUGUUCGGCGCAGGACGUCGACUUUAUCCUUGCCGCACUAUGCCGCCCAGGCGCAAAGCACGCAAAACGCUUCCGGACCUGGCAUGGCACAGUCCUACCCGCCUCCUAACUAUGGUCCGCAGGUUGCUCCGCAACCCCAUCCACAUCAGCCAUUGCAGCCGCUGCAGCAACCAGCAGGACCGCUACCCUCUCCUUUGGAGCGCAGAAACCUGCCACCACCUCCAGCAUCUGGAAACCAUCAGGCAGCACCGCAGCUCAUGCAAGCUGCACUACAAACCGGACCAUGGAAUCCGUACGCCGAGCGAAGAGGCCCGCAGCCGCCUCAGGGAGGGCAGCAGCCUCAGCAACAGCCGCCACCUGCUCACCACCAACAACACCAGCACAGGGACAGCCGCUAGAAGGCGCCGGGCUUGACGCCAGGUGAUCCCUGAUACCUAUCUAAUAAUUGACGCGAAACGUCCAUCAACGGCCGGACAACCGUAGCAUUGGCAGACCAACUACUCUGCUAAUAAAUCCCACCUUUGCCACCUUUCUGAAAGGCAUUCGAGGGCACAAACCAGAUCGAUUGUCGCAAACUUCUAAUUGUACGAGACUGGAACCUUUCCCUAUUUUCUUCGAUACCCCCCAAGACCAUAGCGACGGGCAUUACUGCAUGUGAUUUCGGACGGAACGGACGAGCAAGGGACACGCGAUGCUGUCCACAAAAACUGUACUAUGAAUUUUCUGUGUUUUCAUCAUUGUGCUUGCUACUGCUGCUGUCUUUCGAGAUACCCCUCCCGUGAGCAAUACUGCUUUAUUCGGCGUUUGUUUUCCUACAUAGAAACCUAGAUCCCACGAUCAGCAGAAGCUACUACUGUACUAUUUGCUCGUCUAUUGUACAUUUGCUAGACGAAAAAUGUGAAGAAGCUACUGUGUGUCGCG